AUGCCUGUGACUAUAGAUUCGGCUGAUAUUGAAGUAGGUUUUUGCAAUACUUCUUUAGAAUUCUUUGUCGUUUUGUUAAACUUAAAUUAUUAAAAUUAUUUGGCGCUUACCUUUGAAAUUGAAAAACUAAACGUACAUUGUUAUAGUUUUAUAACAAAUAUGCUACAUAUGUACGUAUUUCUUGUAGUAAAAGUAAACAAAAACUUUAAAAAUAUUUGACACACUUUUAUAAUUGUACUCAGAAAACGUAUUAACAUGCACUUUUAGGAUAUUCUGGCCUUAAACCCAAAAGUUAGGACAACUGCCAGUCUAAAACCGUCAAUUGUGACCAAAAAAGAAAAGCACAAUUGGAAGAGAAAUGCCGACAAAGGAUGUUUUGUAAGUUUACUGUAGGACAAGAACUUGACCUCAAAAAUUUGCUUUGAGAGAAGGCCAGAAUUAUUUUAACAAUCUAAUAUUUAAUAUAUUGUUAUAAUUUCUUUGUCUUUCAUGCUAAAACUAGAAAGAAGUCGGUAUUUUAUAAUCUCUUACUAUAUUGUUGUAGGAUAGAUAUAUAGCUUCAUUGUAUCCCUAAAAACCUUAAUCAUAAAUAUUUUUUACCUCAGCCUUAAAUAUAUUUUUUAAUGGUAAAAACCUAACCAUAAACUAGUUAGUUUCCGACCUCUGGUCAUUCUUUCUUAUAGUUUUAGUUAUUUGAUCUUUGUUAGUAGUUUUGUCAACUUUUCCUGUUUGUGCGGUCAAUAAUCAACGCUGAUUAAUGAGCCUAAAACGUGACUGAUAAGUCGACAAAGUUGGCUAUGUUACACCUUUGUUUGUGUAACUUUGUGUUUAUAGUAUUUUACAAUAUAAAAGUUGUAUUGAUACAACAAAAACAUUUUAAAAAAUUUUUACGAUCUUUGCAGAUACAAAAAGUAAAAAAACAACAAAUGACAAGCCUAAAAGAAGUAUAAGGCGUAACUCUAGAAGCCCAAAAAUAUUCAUGGUAUUCAAAUACCAUAAUCUGAGUACCAAUAUAAUUCCAGACAUGCAAAAACGAGUACGAGAACGAAUUCCGAGACAUCAAACAUACAACAUUGAGUGAACGAGGUGCCUUACGAGAAGCCUGGAGGUGCUUGAAGUGCGCUGAUGCACCAUGUCAAAAGUCAUGCCCUACUCAACUCGAUGUCAAGGCUUUCAUCACUAGCAUUUCUAACAAGGUAACCCUAAAAAACUUAAAAUAUGAUCAACAUUACUCUGUAAAUCUGCAAAAAAGUUAUGUAAAGCGACCUAUAAUAACAUAUUAACUAAAUUAGAUAUAAAAGUAUUCUAAGUGAUAAUGUUUUAGUGAUAAUAAUACCAAAUGCUUUUUCAGAACUACUACGGUGCAGCCAAGCAGAUCUUCUCGGACAAUCCCCUAGGCUUGACCUGUGGAAUGAUCUGCCCCACCUCCGACCUCUGUGUUGGCAGUUGUAACUUGGCCGCGACAGAGGAAGGUCCAAUCAAUAUUGGAGGACUGCAACAGUUUGCUACAGAAACCUUUAUGAAGAUGAACAUCUGUCAAACUUUGGACCCUGAAAUUGUAGACAACCGCAAUGUUGCUCACAACGAGAAAGUUGCCUUGAUUGGUUGUGGACCAGCCAGUUUGAGUUGUGCCACAUUCUUGGCUAGACUUGGGUACACGGACUUGACUAUCUACGAAAAGAAUGAGUAUAUUGGUGGGCUGAGUUCUUCUGAAAUCCCACAAUUCAGAUUGCCUUAUAAUGCGGUCGAUUUUGAGAUACAAUUGGUCAGAGAUUUGGGCGUCAAGGUAAGUAAAAGUUGCUAAAGUCGAUAUUCAAUUAGAUUAGAAAGACUAAGCCAAGAAAAAUUAAUAAUGGAAUUAAUUGUCCCUUAGCUCUACUAGCCGUGAAGCUACCCUAAAAACUUACAAAAAUAUUUAAAAUUUUUCAAUUUCAGAUCGAAACAAACCGUCGCCUCCACACAGCCGAUCUUACUCUGGAAACCCUUCGUGAAUCUGGCAACAAAGCCGUCUUCAUUGGAAUCGGAAUGCCAGAGCCAAAAAGAGACAAGAUAUUCAAUGGCCUAACUUCUAAUCAAGGAUUCUUCACUUCAAAAGAGUUCCUACCAUUAGUCAGCAAAGCAUCUAAACCAGGAAUGUGUGGCUGUAAAACAACAAAACUGCCAAGCCUACCUGGUCGAGUGAUCGUCCUUGGUGCUGGUGAUACGGCUUUCGAUUGUGCUACUGCUGCCUUGAGAUGUGGAGCUAAAAGAGUCACUGUAGUUUUUAGAAAAGGAUUCACCUCAAUCAGGGCUGUACCUGAGGAAGUAGGUUAUGUUAAUACAAAUUUUAUAAACUAAAAUAUUCAAAAAACUAAAUUCAUGGUAAAAUACAAAAACAAAUAAAAAAAUAAAACCUCAACAACCGUAAUAUAAAGUACAACUUUUCAGAUGGAAGCAGCUCGAGAAGAAAAGUGCGAAUUUUUACCUUACAUGACCCCAAAGAAGAUUAAUGUAGUUGAUGGCAAGAUCAGAUCGAUGGAAUUCACAAAAACAGAACAAGACCUGGAUGGAACCUGGUAUGAAGAUGAAGAACAAGGUCUUACACUCAAGGCUGAAUGGGUCAUUUCUGCUUUUGGUUCAACUCUUAUUGACGAAAACGGUAGGGUUAAAACUUAUAUUGCCCAACAUAUUAACAACACAAUACAAAACCUCAACUUCCAAUAUUAUUUUCAACGCCGUUUCUAAUACCUACAUUUCAGUAAAAGCGGCCCUCUCCCCAGUAGAAGUCAACCGUUGGGGUCUUCCAGUAGUUGACACCCAAACUCAAGGCUCUUCGGAACCCUGGGUAUUCUUCGGUGGAGACAUUGGUGGUGUAGCCGAAACCACCGUAGAAUCCGUGAACGAUGGUAAGACUGCAGCGUGGUAUAUCCACAAAUACCUUCAACAUUUGCACGGUUUCGAAGUCAGCGCAGAACCAAAAUUGCCAAUGUUCAGAAGUGCCAUCGACGAUGUUGAUAUCAGCGUAGAAAUGUGUGGAAUCAAGUUCGAGAAUCCGUACGGACUAGCUUCAGCUCCACCAACAACAUCCGGAGCCAUGUGUAGAAGAGCUUUCGAACAAGGAUGGGGUUAUGUGCUCACCAAAACUUUCGGUCUAGACAAAGAUCUCGUUACAAAUGUAUCGCCCAGAAUCAUCAGAGGUACCACACAUGGCCCACUCUUCGGACCUGGUCAAGGCGCUUUCUUGAACAUUGAACUGAUCUCAGAAAAGACAGAAGCCUACUGGUUGGAGACUGUCAGAGAGUUGAAGCGGGACUUCCCUACCAAAAUUGUCAUCGCUUCUAUUAUGGCUAGUUUCAAUGAACCUGACUGGGUUCAGUUGGCCAAGAAUGCCGAAGCUGCUGGAGCUGAUGCUCUUGAACUGAACUUGAGUUGUCCCCAUGGCAUGGGUGAACGAGGAAUGGGAUUGGCUUGUGGGCAAGACGAGAACAUGGUCAGAAACAUCUGUAAAUGGGUCAGAAAUGUGACUAAAAUACCAUUCUUUGCCAAAAUGACACCAAACAUCACAGACAUCCGUAAGAUUGCCACAGCUGCUAAAGAAGGUGGAGCAGAUGGUGUUACAGCAACAAAUACAGUAUCCGGUUUGAUGGGACUGAAUGCCAAAGGUGAAGCUUGGCCAAGGAUCGGUAAGGAGAAGAGAACAACCUAUGGUGGAGUUUCCGGAUCUGCCAUUAGACCAAUUGCCCUGAGGGGUGUCUCUGCCAUCGCUAAUGCUCUACCUGGAUUCCCAAUCUUGGCUACAGGAGGCAUCGAAAGCGCCGAAACUGGACUACAAUUCUUGGCUUGUGGAGCUAGUGUUUUGCAGGUAAUUUUUUUUUGAUUAAGAUCUAAAAUACCACAAAUUAAAAAAUAAAACGUACAUAAACUCUAAAAAAACUGCUUUUAGGUCUGCUCAGCAGUCCAAAACCAAGACUUUACAGUAGUAGAAGACUACAAAAACGGCCUAAAGACCCUCUUAUACCUUCGCGGGCUAAAAUCAUUGGCUGACUGGGAUGGCCAAAGUCCGCCAGUUGAGAAACAACAAAAAGGAAAACCUUUGAUCGCCAAGAACCUAAGUGCUCCAGCCUUCGGAAAGUACAGACAAGAACGAAAAUCUGUAGAACAACAACUUCUAAACAAAGCUGACCUUCUUGACACCAGCAGUGUCACUUUUGCUUCAAGACCGAGCGAAAAACCCGACAAAGUUCCAACAGUUAAUGUAAGUUGGAGAUUGAUACCUAUAACAGACAAAUAACAACACAAUUUAAAGCGAUAACUUACAAUAUUAUUUUAGGAGAUCAUUGGUUGUGCAUUAGACAGAAUUGGAGCUUACAAUGAGUUGACCAACAAAGAGCAAAAGGUGGCAUUAGUCGAUGAUGUAAGUUUUGCCUCUAAAACAAUUUUUUUAAUGAAUUUCUAACAAUCUAACAAAUAAACUACCAAAAACCGCAAAAAUACACAGCAACCUAAAACAAUAUCCCCCAAACUUACAUUUAAAACUUUAGGACCUUUGCAUCAACUGUGGCAAGUGCUACAUGACCUGUAACGACAGUGGAUACCAAGCUAUCCGCUUCGACGCCGAAUCUCACCUGCCAUUCGUAACCGACAACUGCACUGGAUGCACUCUAUGUUACAGUGUCUGCCCGGUACCGGAAUGUAUUCAAAUGGUGCCAAAAACAAUUCCGCACGUGAUCAAACGAGGUAUUCCACCAAAGAAUGGCAUAAACGGGUCUGAGCCGGAGAUCAAGAAGUCAAACGGGCGAGUUCUGAUCAGUAACUGA